AUGUUCAAGAGAUUGAGAGCGUUCAACGAUUGUUGCACGCCGUUAUCUUUAAUAAAAGGUUUAAGAAUGUCAUCUUCUUUGUCGGCCACUUUGCCCGCCGUUUUAGAGAAACGGAGACCUCAGCAAAGCCCUGAAACUGACUACUCUACCCUAUCGAAUUACAAGGCCUUCCAGGUGCAACACUCGAAUUUGAACCUAGAAAUCUCAUUUGAAAAACAAACCAUCAGUGGCGUGGUGCACUAUAACUUGCACAAUGUGGCCAAUGCAUCCCAAAUUUUGCUUGACACUUCAUUUCUGGAGGUUUCUGAUGUGAGUAUAGACGGAAGUAAGGUGGAUUUCAAAGUGGAGCCCAGAAGGGAACCCUUAGGAUCACGUUUGGUGGUUCAUUCGCCAGAUGGCACACUACCCAGCACGUUCAAGCUUUCUUGCAGCUUCGAAACCACUCAGAAGUGUACCGCUCUCCAGUGGCUUCAAGGCCAUCAGACAUCUGGUAAACCAUACGUGUUUUCACAACUAGAAGCAAUUCAUGCACGCUCGUUGUUUCCCUGUUUUGACUCACCGUCAGUGAAAUCUACCUUCUCGGCGAACGUCACUUCUCCCUUGCCAACGGUUUUCUCAGGCAUCCUGAAAUCCCAGGAAGAGACUGAGACGUCUUCGGAAUUGAAAACGUAUCAUUUCGAACAAGAUGUCCCAAUCCCAACUUAUUUGAUUGGAAUUGCCUCCGGAGACUUACAAGCGGCCGACGUGGGGCCCCGUUCCAAAGUUUACACCGAACCGUUCAGACUUCAAGACGCACAAUGGGAGUUUGACGGAGAUGUGGAAAAAUUCAUACAAACAGCAGAAAAGAUCAUUUUUCCCUAUGAAUGGGGGACUUACGAUAUCCUCAUAAAUCCAAAUUCGUACCCUUACGGUGGCAUGGAAUCUCCCAACAUGACUUUCGCAACUCCUACGUUGAUUGCCCACGAUAAGAGCAACGUGGAUGUGAUUGCACACGAGCUUGCACACUCGUGGUCUGGUAACUUGGUCACUAAUUGUUCGUGGGACCAUUUUUGGCUUAAUGAAGGCUGGACGGUAUAUUUGGAAAGGAGAAUAAUGGGGGCUCUACAUGGUGAGGCUGCCAGACAUUUUAGUGCGUUGAUCGGCUGGAACGAUCUUGGUAAUUCGAUCGACAGCAUGAAGAACCCAGACCGCUUCUCUAAGCUUGUGCAAAAUCUGCAGGAUGGUACGGACCCGGACGAAGCCUUCUCUACCGUGCCCUACGAGAAGGGUUCCACGUUUCUGCUAUAUCUAGAGACGCUAUUGGGUGGGAAACAAGCAUUUGACCCAUUCAUCAAACAUUACUUUAAAAAGUUUCAACGCCAGUCCUUGGAUACCUGGCAAUUCUUCGACACCUUAUUCGAAUUUUACGCUGACAAGAGAGAUCUUUUGGAGGGUGUCGACUGGGAGAAAUGGUUUUUCACCCCGGGUCUACCGCCCAAACCAGAACUUAUCACCACUUUGGCCGAUGACGUAUACGCUUUGGCGGAGAAAUGGAUUCUCAAAGCCCAGACGAGUCGCAACAAGAAAGAUUUUGAAAGUUCAUUUGCAGCAGACGACGUCAAAGACUUCAAUUCCAACCAGAUAGUACUGUUGCUUGACUCCCUGGUUCAAGGUGUCCCUGCAACGAAAGCACAUCAAAAAUCAGCCUUCAGGUGGUCUGAGAAUCCAACCGCUGCACAUGCCCUAUUGGCCAUCUACGUUGACCGAACUGUCAACUCACGAAAUGCGGAGGUUGUUUUCCGCACGUUCCGCUUUGAGAUUUCCGCUAGGUUGACCGAGUCCUACGGCAAGCUGGCAGAAUGGCUGGGAACCGUUGGUCGUAUGAAAUUUGUGCGUCCAGGCUACCGGUUGCUCAACAGUGUGGAUCGUGAUCUGGCCGUCACAACUUUUGAAGAACUGAAGGAUAUGUACCAUCCAAUCUGUAAGGCCCUGGUGAAGCAGGACCUGGGUCUAUAA